AUGAAACUCCCAUCUUUGUUAUUCGCAUCUAGCAUCCACUAUGGUUUGUUGUCAGCCAACCCUAUAUUUGAGGAGUUCUUUUCUUCUGAGAGUGGCAGAAAAGGAGCCGUCGCAUCAGAGGCUCAAGAGUGCAGCUACAUCGGGAGAGAUCUACUAGCAAGAGGUGGCAAUGCUGUCGAUGCCAUGAUUGGAACGACAUUCUGUGUCGGUGUUAUCGGCAUGUAUCACUCUGGAAUUGGAGGCGGUGGCUUUAUGCUCGUCCGUGACAAGGAGGGUAACUACGAAGCCAUCGACUUCAGAGAAUCAGCCCCUGCGGCAGCAUAUGAGGACAUGUACCAGGGAAACGUCAAUGGAAGCAUCUACGGAGGGUUAUCUGUAGGCGUGCCUGGGGAAGUCCGCGGCUUCGAGUAUGCACACAAGAAAUAUGGCAGUCUCCCGUGGAAGACCGUCCUCCAAGGAGCUAUCAAGGUUGCUCAUGAUGGCUUCAUAGUUAACGCCGAUAUGGCAAGAUUCGUGGAAAAGACGGUCAAAAAUCAUCAUAACUUCUUUGUUGAAGAUCCAUCAUGGGCAGAAGAUUUCACCAAAAAUGGACAACUCAUUGCUGAGGGAGACAAGAUGACAAGGCGUCGAUAUGCACAAACCCUUCAAGCCAUUGCAGACCAUGGCGCCGAUGUGUUCUAUACUGGUCCUUUUGCGGAGAGCAUGGUCAAAACUAUCCAAGACUCAAACGGCACAAUCACCCUAGAUGACUACAAGAACUAUGAAGCCAUCUCUCGCGAGGUUCUCCAAACCGAGUACAAGGGCUACAAUGUCUACGGCAUCAGCUCUCCAGCUGGAGGCGCCGUUUCACUCAACAUUCUGAAUACCAUGAACGGUUACACUCAUCAGGAUGAAGACCGAAACACCACGCUUCACAUCUAUAUCGAAGCCAUGAAGUUUGCCUACGGCGCCCGUCUGCGCCUUGGCGAUCCUGAUUUUGUUGAAGGUGUACCUGAGCUGGAACAUGAGAUGCUCAAUCUCACAACUGCCGAGAAAAUCCGCAACAAGAUCGACCCUCGGAAUACUCAGGAUCUCAAAAAGUACGAUCCUAAUGGUAUUUACUCGUCUAAUGGACAUGGUACUUCGCACAUAGUCACUGCGGACGGCGAUGGCAUGGCGGUUUCGUUGACCACCACCGUCAACCUCAUCUUUGGAUCCUUUCUCAUGGAUAAUCUCACUGGAGUAAUUCUGAACAACGAGAUGAACGAUUUCUCCAUCCCGGGUGUUCCCAACGAAUUCGGCUUCGCCCCAGCAGAAGCAAACUUCAUCCGCCCAAACAAGCGCCCCCUAUCAUCUUGCACACCCCUCAUAGUCUCUGACAAGAAUAAUUCUCUCUUUGCCGUAAUUGGCGCCGCGGGAGGAUCGCGUAUCAUCUCGGCCACAACGCAGGUUGCCUGGCGUGUUCUUACUUCCCCAUCCUGGUCCAUCAAAGACGCCGUUCGCGAGCCUCGUGUGCAUAACCAGCUCUUGCCCAAUGUCUUGCUCGUGGAAAAGAAGUUCAGCCAGUAUGAUGUUCCAUCGCUGAAAGAACGGGGUCAUAAUAUCACUUGGGUCGACGAGGGGUUGAGCUCGGUGCAGGCGUUGACAAGGAAUUCAGACGGUGUUUUUGAGGUUGCCGCUGAGCCAAGGCAGAAGAAUAGCGGAGGUGUAACACUUUAG